GCGCGUUUGGCCGCACCUGCUCGCACACCUGUUGGAGAAAUGGUGAACCCUGCACAAGAUGAACCCAGUCUAGAUCAGAGGGAGCAAUCCAAGGUCAAGGUCAAGGGUAAAGCGAAGACCUCAGUGGAUUUACCACAGGACCAUAGACGUCCCAACAACGCGGCUCAAGAUAUGCCAUCAAAGGUUGACAGAAAAGGCAAGGGACGAGCCGUUGAAUUCCCUGUCGAAUCUGCUGCGCCGUUGGGCGCCAUCACGUCGUCGCCUUCGGGAUCGUCGCCUUUCUCAUUGCGGAGAACAACACCCACGGUGUCUCCGCCUCUGAAGCCUUCAAUAGGUCGGAAGCGCAAGCGGCGUUCUUCCCUGCCUGAGAUCCCAGCAAACGCAAUCGUUGAGUCCGACCUGUCAAAGCGGCCUCCAGAGAGCAGAGGGAGACGACAGAGUCAAGAAGUGGCACCUAGUUCUCCAACGUCCUCAUCACAUAGUCAUGAAUCCGGGCGUUCUGUACCCCCAAAACCUGUGAAAACAUUCGCAGGCCAUCGAGGACGGCGUUCGCCGCGUCCAGUUCGUUCUCGUUCUCGCUCUCGAGCAAAACCCGCUCCUGUGCUCGUUGAACGCGAUUCGGUCCCUCCGAACUAUGUGCCGUAUAAUAUACCCUAUACACCUCAGCAUCAGACUUCGUAUGAUCCUUCUCACCAGGGACAAGUGCCCCCGUAUCCUCCAUUACCCGAUCCGCAAGCUCAAUACGUUUUGGCUCAAGUCAUGCAGCAUCUAUCGUACAUGAUGGCUACAAGUCCGGGCAUGUUGCCUCCACCC